AUGGAAGUCUGUUGAAGAAAACAAUACGGUUUAUCCAACAAUGGUACCCAUGAAAGCAUUGACAAUAGCUUUAAAUCAUUGGGGUAGCGUGGUUGAUGAGGAGAUAGAUCACAAAAAGACGAGGGUGUUUUUCCUUGGGAUAACUGCUGUGCAUCCGGGUUGCACCCAGUACACAACGCCCAUAAGUGAAUCAUCUUUGGCAGAUCACACGGAUUCCUAUAUUGCAGACGGGGAAGAAAUAAUAGAGAGUGAGCUGCGGCAAAUGAAGAGUGAAGUGACUUUGCUGGACAUUACGCUGUUGACUCGGUUGCGACCGGACGGCCAUCCCGGGAUGUACAAUGGAGCCUUGGAUUGCAGCCAUUAUUGUGUUCCCGGAGUUCCUGAAGCUUGGAACCAGCUCUUGUAUGCUGAACUCUUCCCCAACUACUAGCCAGGCCAGGACGCCACCUUCUCAUCGAUGAAGAUAUAUUUCUCUUUUAUUAUACAAAAAGUAUAUAUCAUUCCAUCAAUUUGAAGAUUUAAUUAUUUAAGUAUCUUCUGGAGAUUUAAUUAUUUAAGCAUCUUUCUUCUAUACUCAAAGCACAAAUUUAAUUUAAGAGCAUGUCCUUAGGCCAUGUUCAAUUCUAUCUGUAUUUUUGGCCUCUACACAAUGGAUUGAGAUAAACAUGUUAUGUUACCA